GUUUGCCAGUCGGUGGCAUACGCUGCCCGUAGUCAGGUGUCCGCGAAGCCCCCCUUCCGAAUUUGCAUCCCCCCUCUCUCCCCCAAGACCUUAUCUGCUCGAGCUUCCCUCACACACAUCUUAUCUCCGCCAAAGGGUUUUAGUAUUCUGAAAGAGAACAGUAAACUUGAUAGACAUGUUUGGUUGAAAUUUCUUCGUAGUAAAGUUUAAAACUAUUAGUGAUGGCUUAGUAGCUAUGCUUAAAGACUUAGCACUAUGUAAUUUCUAUAAGUGUCACGCGUUUCAUCGGUGAAGGUGUGGUCUCCAUGGCAUGUGUGGCCAGGUGGCGUGUCUUCGAGGCGCCCCAUCGUGACCUGGGCUCACCUAGGUCAGGGCCAACACUGUAACUUGCCAGGAGGAAGACCAUGGACAGCAUCAAGGGCAUUAAGUCAGCCCUGGGUGGGUCUGGGGCUGGGCUUGGUACAAGUGUAGGUGCCGGGUCAUACCUAGCCAGUAUGGAGACGCUCCUGGGGGAUUACAUGGAACGACUUGGCACACGGCUCAAUGUCUUGGAGACUGAGCUACGGUAUGCUUGGCGUGCUCUGGACAUGUUGUCUCAGGAAUAUGUUAAGAUGUGGGAGCGGCUAGAGAAGUUGGAAAUACUCUUGUACGAACAGCAAGCAGUCAUUGCCCAACUCUUGGAAUUUUAUACAGCCUUUGAUUUACAGGCUCUUUUAGCAGAGAAAGAAGAACCUGCUCUUCCUGCAGAAACAACUUCUGCAGCUGCAGUUGCUGCUGCCACUGUUACUGCUGCUCCUGCUGCUCCAACUGAUGAAAAUUCAGAGAACAGGCUUCCUGAUGAAGCUUUUUAUAGGUCCCUGAAUAAUGCUCAUCGUGACAACCUCUCUCAAGUAUCAGAAUCAACUGACCAAGAGCUUGCCAGAAUUUGGGACUUGGAUGAAACUGAGAAGGAAUCAGACUCAUCUGAUGCAAGAAAAAAGGAGAAGGAAAGGGAAAAGGAGAAUGAAAAGGAUGAAGUGUUUACUGCUGAUGACUACAAGGACUACAGAGGACAGAGCAUAUGCAUCAGUGAGCAGGAUCUUCAAGAGCUGAGAAAGUUUACCACAUUAGACAAAGUAGCCCUUGGAAAACUUCAGGAACUAGAUGCUCUUAGUGCAAAGUUGCUGAAAGACUCUCAGAAUCUGAGGGAUCUCCGUGAACGCUUGAUAGCCUCUCCUAAAUUAGGUUCUCCAACUACUGGUUCCCCUCGGCCCCCUACCAAACCUGAAGGUGCUUCGGCAGCUCCUGUCACUCAGGCACUAGAUAAUAAGAUGGCAGAAUCAGUUGUUGAUGAAAAAUUACGUCAGCUGUAUUUAGAUUCUAACUUAGAAGACUGGACUUUCAGCCCAAGAACUUCUGAACCUCAGAGAAGUAGACCAAACUCACAAUUGUCAACUGAUAGUAAUGCAACAGAUUCAGAAAUUGCAGCAGCAUUAGGUUUGAAAGCUUCAGGUUCUGUAGUUGGUUCACCAAGACAUACAAGAGAUCUUCACACUAUAGGCCCUUCACCUCUCAGUAUGCCAGACACUACUUCAGUGACAGGGAAGGAUAACUUGGGAAUGUCAGACUUUGGACUUAUGGGAAGAAAAACACCAGACCCUCUCAUCAGUGGAGAUAAAGCUAUUGGUUCAUCAUCUCCUACAUUUUUUACUGCUUCUAGUGAAAAGGUCAGAUCAUCAUCACCUUUUGGUGCUUCAAGAACACGUCAAGAUGGUUACAUAAAUUCCCCACGCUCAGGGAGCCCAAAGGAAUUAGGAAGAACCAAGAAAACUUCCCUUACUCCCACUAACCUUGAGUCAUCCUCAUCAAAGAGGCCAGCAACACCUUCCUUUAUGCCAUCUAAAGAUCAUGGACACAGUCCUCGAGCUACACCACGUCUCAUGAGCCCAAAAAGUCCGAAAAGUCCGAAGAGUCCAAAAUCACCCAAAACUCUAAAAAGUCCUUCUCCUAUUCGUUACUCAGAAAUAGGCAAAUAUGAUUCUGGAAUAUCAACACUCAGCAGUAGUAUGAGCACAUCUUCAAGCAUCGAAAAGAGUCCGACCAGUCCUAGACCAGGAAGAAGAGCAUCUCCUUAUAGGAGUGAACGCACUGAAAGAUUCGAAGAUCUGCAUUUACCGUCCGCUACCUCUGCUGGUAUGCUAGUCUCUGUUACAACGACAUCAGCACAUCUGAGCUUUCCUUCAACAUCUUUAUCGACAUCAUUGAGUGAUCAGUUCAAGUUUAGUUCUCUGGGAGACAGUUUAUCCAGAGAAUCGAAGAUGUUCAGCUCUGCACCUCCAAUUCUUGAAGAGUCUAGUCACCCAGUCACAACGAGUUCUUUUUUACACAUAUCAACCUCAAAGCCUGACAUAGUCAAUACGGCCCUAUCUGCUGAAAAGGCAGACCAGCGCAUAUCAUACAUGUCAUCUCUUCCACCUAAAGCUUCUAGUGCUGGCUCUUCAUCCAGUAUUCCUUCAGGCUACCUCACCCUUAGUCCAAGAAGAACUGGUUCAAAGGCACGCCAAGUAAACAAUUUUGAAGAUCCAUCAUUUAGUACAUAUAGCAUAUAUGCGAUCACUGCAGAUCCCAUUACAAGAGUCAGUAAGAGCAAAGCAGAAGAUAUUUUUCUUGAAGAUAUGUUUAUGAGUUCCUCUGCUCCUCCACCUCCUCCAGCCCCUACCUCAAGUACUUAUUCUCAUUAUUAUACAGGGUCUAGAUCCAGUGUAGCUUCUUCUUCACUUUUGACAAACACUUCACUUGCUGAUACGUAUCCCUCAAGCCUUUCAGUGUCCCCAAACAUGGAUGUAACGUAUCAGGGCAAGCAACAGUAUCACACCUCCCCAUACAUCAACGAACCAAAGUACACAACUCCAGCUUACCUAAAUGCAGCUGGGGAGUUAAAGUUCAUUGGCCAAAAUACUCGUAGGUUUGAUCAUUUAGCUGAGCUUGAUGCAGGAAGGGCUGAAGCCAGACACAGCUUUGGGGCUGAUAGCUCAGAUUCUAUAUCAUCUUACUCAUCAAGUUCCAGUUUCUAUCCAUCAUCAGGUCCAGGGGGCAAAGAUGGGAUGAAGUAUAAGUAUCAGCCAAACUAUAAUCAGAGUCACUCUUAUGGCCCACCAUCAACUUCUUCAUCACAUAUAGUUAGUAGGUAUGUGCCAAUGGAAGACAGUUUGAAGGGAGGAAGCUCUUCACGUUAUAAGCAGCCAUAUAGUUAUGAUCCAACCCAACUCAUGAUGAGGGAAACCCCAUAUGACUCUCCUGAUUCAUAUAUGAAUACUUACCCACCAAAAGAUAGGUACCGGCCUAUUGCAAGUGUUUCAGAAUCUCCUUUAUUAAAAAAUGAAGAUUUGUCAGGAUCUCUACGUAAUAUGGAAAAUAUCUUGAAUACUGCUGCCCAUGAACCGCCACCACCACCUCAACCAACUCCGGCUGCUCGCUCACGAAGUCGCUAUGAUCGCUAUCAUGAUACUCGACGGCAUACUCAGGCUGUAACCACUACUAGUGUCGAAUUUAUGAGGCAGUUACAAUGGACUGAUGCAAAAACUGAUAGGCAAGUGAAUUUAGAGCUUAAUUUAAAGAGGUAUAGUCCUCAGAAUGUCCAAGAACAGCAUAGACAGCUGGUACAAGAAGCACAGCCCUCUCAAACUUAUUAUGAGACUAGUAAUGUUUUAGUUUCACAAGCAGGAUACAUUUCUAUAACUCAGGACACUGUUCCUGUCAAAACAGCCAGAGGAUUAAAGCAAGAAGACAAAAAGAAAUUAAGAAGGGGUGCAAGUGUAAAGUCUGCUCUGAAUUCUAUGACAAAAAUUAUUCCUAGUAUUGAUAUAAUGGGAAAGCGUUCAAGGUCUCAUAGUCUCCCAUCUCGUCCAAUGCAUGAAGAUGAACAGAGGCACAAAGAGUAUCAGUCAACUACAUUAGGAAGAAGAAAGGAGAAAAAACGUAAUUCUCUAAUUUCCACUAUGUCUGGUUUCCUUCAGAAGACUCGAAGACGGGGUAGUAGUUUAUCUCUAAGGUCUUUAUCAGACUCUGAGCAGUCUGACAUGGAACUUACCAUCAGUCGACCCAUACCUCGGCGCACAAUAUGGGAUGAUGAUAGUGAUAAUAGUAGUCUUUUAUCAGACACAACCACUCCAGCCGAUGCACUUUUCCCGAACAAUGAAACAAACAAAAAAAUAUAGUUCCACGUCAAGUAGUAAGGAAAAUAUUUCUGCACCUGGGGUUAUUCCUGAACAAACAAAACUGGAAGAACCUCAGACGGACACAGCAGAAGAUACAGCAAGUUCACAAGAUCCAGAGACAAUAUUUCAAACAGUUGGAGA